AGUGUGUCAUCACUGUGGUUUUAGUUCCCUACUUAGAGUAAACGACGUAUAAUUUCAGUUACAGAUUUGCUUAAAAAAUCCAGCCUUGUCUAAGUCUACUUGCUUGAUGCUGAUGGUCGUUUGCAUCCUAAGAGCAAAUAUAUGCACAAAGAAAUCCUGUUAGAGGAUUAAAUAUCUAAAACACCAACUUUCUUUUGACUACAUCUUGGCAAGGUGACUAAGGAGGAAGAUGAAGACAAAGAUACACAGUAAACCACAUUUUGCCUUCCCUGUUGUGGUAAUUUUUGCUUUGUGUUUGCAAGUAAGUACAAACCAUACUGAGUACCCCAGAGUUAUAAAUGAAACCUGGAAUCCUAUCAGCCAAAACCUAAGUGGCAGCCAGAACAUAAUAGAAGCCAAUACAAACCCUCCAACCAUCCAUUUCAACGGGAAAAAAAUGACUACUGAAAUGCAGACAGCCACCCCUCAAUCUCUCUCUUCAACAAUGGGACAAAACUCUUCAGUAUCUUCCUCUCCCAGAAGUGCUGUUUCUGCCGCUGGAGGACCUAGGAAUACCAGCAAACCCAAGACUACAUGGACAAAAGAAAUGUGUGAAGACAAUAAGUCUCUUAUCCUGAUUUGCUUUGUUAUAAUAGCAGUGCUUGUGCUCAUCUGCACCUUCUUGUUUCUGUCAACAGUUGUAAUAGCGAACAGAAUGUCUUAUCUCAAAAAAGCUCAACAAGGAAAACGGAGGCCCAGAAGCAAUGGCGAUAUUCUGGCUACCAACAGCUUAUGGCCAACUGCAGCAGGAACGUGGCAGAAGAUGCCUAAGGAGGCAUCUGGAACUGACUUGGUAAUGCAAGAGUUACUAGCAGGGAGAGAUGUCGCAAUCCAAAGGAAAACCCAAGAUCAAACUACCGAGAGAAUCACUAGAGAAACAGAUAAACACGAAAAUGAAGAACUGAAGUCACACAAAAGCAUUUUAACCAAUUUUGUGGUUGAGAUUUAAAUCAGUCAGCUAAACAGACUUCAGCUUUUAUAUAUUUUUAUUAAUUAAUACGAUAAAAAAUGAUUAAUAUAAAAAAAACUUAGCUUUCAAGUAACAACCGGAAUUGUAACACAGGAAAGCUAAACUCACACCUUAGGGUUUUUCAUUUCGUGGUAGUGGGAAUGCUGUAAAAAUGUGUAGAUCUUGUAGGACUGCAUCACAAAGCUUCUUUAUAAAUAGCACCAAGGUUGGUUUAACUCCUUUUGACCAGAAAUCACAGCUGAAGUAGCCAAACAGGAUAAAACAGAAGGACAGAAGGUUGUCCAUUCUCAAAGACCAUUGGGGGGAAAAAAGGAAAGGACGGUCAGUCUAAUAAACACAGCAUACUCUGAAGUGCCACACAGGCAUAUUCAGGUUGCUAUUUUAAGAGAACUGUAAUUCAGUCACAACUUUGACACAAUUACUGAAACAGGAACUAGUCUCUCAAAAUGCCCCUUCCACUUUCUCCACCAAAAACUGCUUAAAUCGGUUUAACUGUUUUUGAACCAGAUUGAGAGCAAUCAUAUUUAUUGUUUUGACUUUGUGCAUAAAUAUAUGGAGUUUGUGUUGUAUAUUAGAAUAUAGAAAGACUUCCAUUUUGUUAUCCUCAAUAAACCAGCAUCAACAUUUUAAAAAA